UACUUACUUUGCUGUUCUUUUUCCUCACCAAAAGAUCCACCUCGAACCUCUCUCCUCCGUCGUCACAAUCACCGCCGCUAAAAUGAGAGAAGAUAAUCCGAAUUGGUUCCUUAGAUGGGAAGAGGAGCUUCCAUCGCCGGAAGAACUCAUCCCUAUCUCUCAAACCUUAAUCACUCCUCAUCUAGCUCUCGCUUUCCAAAUCGGAAGUCCUAAUCAUCAUCUCGGAUCAAAAAGAACCACCGCGAUUUACCACCAAAAGCUUCAACCAUCCGCCACUCCAACUCCAACUCCAACUCCUCCGCCGAUGAUGAUGAAUUCUGAUUUCGGCGGUGGUGAUUCCACGGAUCUUGGUUCAGGAUCAAUCGGAGGAGAGCCAGCAAGAACGUUGAAACGACCGCGUUUAGUAUGGACGCCUCAGCUACACAAACGUUUUGUGGACGCAGUGGGACAUUUAGGGAUCAAAAACGCAGUUCCAAAGACGAUAAUGCAGCUAAUGAGCGUUGAAGGAUUGACUAGAGAAAACGUUGCGAGUCAUCUUCAGAAAUACCGUCUUUACCUUAGGAGAAUGCAAGGCGGGAACGGUAACGGAAUCUCCGGUGGACACGUCAUCGUCUCCGAUUCGGCUACCGAUCGGCUAUUCGCUAGCUCACCGGUUCCGGUGGAUUUCUUGAGCCCUGAGUACUUGAUGCCGCCAUUACAGCAUUCGUAUUUGGGGAAACAUGUGAUUACGCAGCAAAACCAAGUGGUUCGUAAUCUGAGGUAUGAAGAUUCGGAAUAUGGUCAUGGAGAUGGUGGUAGGAAGAUUCUUAAGCUCUUCCCUGCCGGAAAUUGAUGAAAUAUUUUGAAUUGUUAACUUCAUAUUUAUGAAAGUAAUAAUGUUUAAGGUAUGUGGAUUAUCUCUGUAAUUUGCAUUUUUCGUCAGGAUUAAUAAUGUAUUGUUAGUGUA